CUUUUGAGGUGUGCAUUGGAUGCCUAUGGUGCUUGUGUAUAAGUUAUGGUGUUUCUUACAUUUUGAUCUUGCCUUGAAAAAAAGUUCCAAGCGCAGCAAGAAAACUGUUGUAAUGGCUUCACCGAUUCGAAGAAGCGGUAGAUUGCAGCUUGUAGAGAUUAAGAAAAGGCCAAAAGUACACGCAGCGCUUGUCGACUUGGGCGAGGAUGACGAAGAUUCUGUGGAAGAUGGUGGUGCAAAUGGGAAUGAGAAUGCUGGUUCAGAUGUGUCUGGAGAUGAUGCAGUGAGUGGGGGAGAUGAUGGUGGGAGUGCAGAAGAGGAGACUGACAGUGAUGAUGCAUUUGAUGACUGUAAGCAGAAAGCAGAAUGUGAUCCUGGCGGCAGAUGGGGCGAGAUUGUCGGGAUGGAUGGGAUAACCAAAUUGAAGGAGAAGUACCUGCGAAUUCAGUCGAGAGCUUCUCCCAGCGUUUUGCAGAAAGUGGUUGAAGCUCUGAACGAAGUUCAAAGGCGGGAGGUUGUGAGGAUUGGGUUUGGGUCUAUGUUAAGGAUCAAGUUAACUGAGCUUCCGGCGAAACUAGGAUUUUGGGUUGUAGAGAAAUUCAAUCCUAGGAGUAGCAGUAUUGAACUUGCGGACGGAACAAAGGUGUGUGUGAUAGUGGAUGAUAUUAGACAUGUUUUGGGUUUGCCGUGUGGGCAUGUGAAGGUAUUAAGCAAAAAAGUAGGUGAGAAGUGUGAUAUACUGGAGCAGUUGAGGGUAGAGAUCGGAAUGAGGGACAACAAGAUCAGCCCUUUAGAGCUUAGUGAAAAGGUACUGCAAUAUACUGAUGGUGGUGUAUCGUUUGUUCGUCUUUUCGUGUUGUUAGUCGUGUCAGUUUUGGUUGAUAGCCCGAGCCAUGGGUAUGUAAACAAUUGGGUUUUGAAAAGCUUGGAGGAUGUGGAUGGGAUUGCACAGUUAAACUGGUGUGAAUAUGUGCACCGAGCAUUGAUUGAAAGUAGAGUGAAGUGGGAGAAGGGGAAUAGAAAAUACUAUACUGGACCUCUAUUUUGCUUGAUGGUUUUGAUAAUUGCCAAACCGCCGUGGAUAUGAAGAGUUUCGUUGAAUAAAUCAAGUCGUGAAGAAUGGCUUGGAACAAGACCAAAAAGACUCAAGGACAAGAUCAAGAAUUGAAGACUUAGUCGAGUCGGUCUUUUGUGAUCAAAACCGACAAUAAAUUCAAGUCUCGGUU